UCUCUCUCCCCCGCUUUUAACUCUCGCAGGCCAAAGUCGAAUCGAACUCUGCCCACAUUCUUCAACUGAAACAAUCAACCGGACGAAUCGAUCCAGCUCGAGCGGCGAUGGCAGAGAAGCCGGCGAUGGUGAUCGGGAUCGACGAGAGCGAGCACAGCACGUACGCUCUGGAGUGGACUCUCGACCGCUUCUUCGCUCCCCUCGCUCCGAAUUACCCUUUCAAGCUCUUCGUCGUCCACGCCAAGCCUUCCGCUUCUUCCGCCGUCGGUCUCGCCGGCCCUGGCACUGCUGAUGUUCUGCCGUUCGUGGAGGCGGAUCUCAAGAAGAUUGCGGCCAGAGUUCUGGAGAAGGCCAAGGAGGUCUGCGCUAGUAAGUCGGUGAAUGAUGUUGUACUGGAGGUGGUAGAAGGAGAUGCACGAAAUGUCCUCUGCGAUGCCGUGGAAAGGCACCACGCUUCCAUAUUGGUUGUGGGCAACCACGGAUACGGAGCUAUAAAAAGGGCGGUCCUGGGCAGCGUGAGUGAUUACUGUGCUCACCAUGCUCACUGCACCGUGAUGAUUGUGAAGAAGCCCAAGAUCAAGCACUAAGAGUCUAGGACAAACCAGAGGGUGUCGUUUGAAUAAGUGCAAAUGUAAUGGGCCUGUUUUUUCCGGAGAUGUUUCACUAUUAUUCACUCAAUAAGGCGCGGACCACAUAAUUCUUGAUCAAAAUGUACACUAUAAUUUGGACAGCAGGUCAAGUUGUAUACGUUGUAGUCCAUCCACGAGUACAUAACUUCAUGGGAAUGUCUUCUCGUGA